GAUGUCAAACUCAUGGUUUCUCUUUGACAACUUAAAAAGUGAAUAUCCAAUCCAAAUCCAAAGAUAUGGAAGCAAUUCCACCAAACAAGGGAUACAUAAUUUCCUCUUUCCCCAAUCUUGUAGACAGCUCAGAUUUCAAAUCUGAUUUUGCUUGGGGUGCUGCCACUUCUGCUUAUCAGAUUGAAGGUGCUGCAUCUGAAGGUGGUAGAGGUCCAUGCAUUUGGGAUAUCUUCUGCCAGAAGCACCCUGAUGCCAUCGUUAAUGGUGAUAAUGGAAACAACGGUACUGAGGCUUAUUAUAAAUACAAGGAGGAUGUGCAAAUGAUAAAGAAAAUGGGUGUAAAUUCCUAUAGAUUCUCAAUUUCAUGGAGCAGAAUACUUCCAGGUGGAAAACUAAACAAGGGCAUCAACAAGGAAGGUGUUGAUUACUACAAUAACCUGAUCAAUGAGCUCAUAAGCAAUGGAAUUACGCCAUAUAUCACUCUCUUCCAUUGGGACACUCCCGAAGCCCUGGAAGAAGAAUACAUGGGCUUCUUAAAUGAAAAGAUAAUAUAUGACUUUAUGAGUUAUGCGGGAUUUUGCUUCUUGGAGUUUGGUGAUCGGGUUAAGAAUUGGAUCACAAUAAAUGAGCCACAAGCUUAUGCUUCGAAUGGAUAUGCUAGUGGCACUUAUGCACCUGGCAGAGGAAAGAAAAACGGUGUUGGGAAUCCUGGCACUGAGCCCUACAUUGUGGGCCACAACCUGCUCCUUUCUCAUGCUGCUAUCGUGGACCUAUACCGCCAAAGGUUUCAGGAAAGCCAAGGGGGUAAGAUUGGGAUAACAUUGAAUACAUACUUUUUUCGAGCCACUUAA